ACUCUGAUACGUAGAGAUCACAUUAACUGCCUCUUCAUCGUCGAUCUCUAAUAAUGAGACAAGGGUUUGUUUUUUAAGUUUUGGUCAUCAUCGAACUUCGUAUAAUGGCUGAGAUCUGAUCAACUAGUUAAAACGAGAAAGAAAUCAGUUAUUUAUAGUUCUAAAGCUGCUGGCGAUUCUAAAACGAGGCCUGUCCCAGUCCCAUGUCAUUUUGGAAUUCUUGAAGUAGCGGUUUCAACCCAACUUCUUGUUUUCUCCCUGAAGUUUGCAACUCUUACGUGUUUUGCUGAUUUCUAGGCUCUAGUUUGACACUGUUCCAAGUUCCAACUCUGACUCAUUUUCCCCAUACUGAAGAAGACUGGUAAGAACCAUCCAAACCCAAUUCGUGUGCUGAUCCCAACCAGUAAGAGAAAAUGAUAAUUGAUGAUGGUAAUCAGAUCUCUGCAUCAAAAAAGCAUCUCGUCUUUGCAUAUUACGUCAGUGGUCAUGGUUUUGGGCAUGCCACUCGUGUUGUUGAGGUUGUUCGACACCUCAUUUUAUAUGGGCAUGAUGUUCACAUAGUUACUGGUGCUUCACAAUUUGUUUUCACUACAGAGAUACAGUCUCCGAGGCUUUUCUUUCGCAAGGUUUUGUUGGACUGUGGAGCAGUUCAAGUAGAUGCUUUGACUGUUGAUUGCCAUGCUUCUUUGGAGAAGUAUUUCCAAACCGCAAUAGCCCCGCGAGCAUCCAUUUUGGAAGAAGAAGUAGAGUGGCUGAACUCCAUCAAAGCUGACAUAGUGGUUUCGGAUGUUGUUCCUGUUGCAUGCCGAGCAGCAGCGGAUGCUGGAAUUCGCUCAGUUUGUGUCACUAACUUUGGUUGGGACUUCAUCUAUUCAGAAUAUGUCAUGGCUUCUGGAUGUAAUUAUCAUUCCAUCAUUUGGCAGAUAGCUGAAGAUUAUUCUCACUGUGAGUUUGUCAUCCGCCUCCCAGGAUACUGCCCAAUGCCUGCUUUUCAUGAUGUUGUUGAUGUGCCCCUUGUUGUGAGAAGGUUGCAUAAAUCUCGAUCAGAGAUGAGGAAGGAGCUUGGAAUAGCAGAUAAUAUGAAGUUAGUUAUUUUCAAUUUUGGUGGACAGCAAGCAGGCUGGAAGUUCAAGCAGGAAUACUUGCCUCCCGGUUGGCUUUGCCUGGUCUGUGGUGCAUCUGGCAACCAAGAGCUUCCCCUAAAUUUCAUAAAGCUUGCAAAAGAUGUAUACACACCUGAUCUGAUAGCAGCAUCUGACUGUAUGCUUGGAAAAAUUGGAUAUGGCACUGUCAGCGAAGCUCUGGCAUACAAGUUGCCAUUUGUAUUCGUAUGUAGAGAUUACUUCAAUGAAGAACCUUUUCUCAGAAACAUGCUUGAGCACUAUCAAGGUGGUAUUGAAGUGACUAGAAGGGAUUUUCUCACUGGACACUGGGCCCCUUACCUUAAACGUUCAAUUAGCCUUAAGCCAUGCUAUGAGGGAGGCAUUAAUGGUGGUGAGGUGACUGCUCGUAUACUACAGGAUACAGCCAUGGGAAAAUGCUUUGCUGUUGAUAAGUUUAGUGGGGCAAGGAGAUUACGUGAUGCCAUAGUACUUGGAUAUCAACUACAAAGAGCCCCUGGUAGGGAUAUCUGCAUUCCAGACUGGUAUGCACUUGACGAAAAUGAACAUGGUCUAUGCACUACAUUGUCAAACACUGAAAUGAGGGAGAAAAACAAUCUUACAACGUUACAACAUCUUUCCAUUUGUUGUGCUAGAUGCAAUAAAGACUUUGAGAUUCUUCAUGGAGAUCUUCAUGGUCUUUCAGAUACAAUGAGCUUCCUGAAAAUCUUGGCAGAACUUGAUACUGUUCAUGAUUCAGGAAAGCAUACAGAAAAGCACCAAAGGUGUGACCAUCUUUCUGUUGCAGGGCUUUUUAACUGGAAGGAGGAAAUUUUCAUAGCUAGGGCACCUGGUAGAUUGGAUGUAAUGGGAGGAAUUGCGGAUUACUCAGGAAGCCUUGUUUUGCAAAUGCCUAUUAGGGAAGCCUGCCAUGUUGCUGUUCAGAGGAUUCAUCCAAGCAAACAGAAGCUAUGGGAACAUGCUCAAGCACAAAAGCUCGUGAAAGGACAAGAAUCAUACCCUGUGCUGCGAAUAGUUUCAUAUCGAUCAGAAUCAAGUAACCAUGGAACAACCUUUGAUAUGGAAUUAUCUGAUUUGAUGGAUGGCAAGGAGCCAAUUUCAUAUGAAAAGGCAAACAAAUACUUCACGAGGGAUCCAUCACAAAAGUGGGCAGCAUAUAUUGCUGGAACACUCCUUGUUUUGAUGACCGAGUUGGGUGUACGUUUUGCUGAUAGUAUCAGUAUAUUGGUUUCUUCUGCAGUUCCUGAAGGUAAAGGGGUUUCUUCUUCUGCAGCAGUGGAGGUUGCUACCAUGUCUGCAAUAGCUGCUGCUCAUGGACUUAACAUCACACCAAGAGAUCUUGCUUUGCUUUGUCAAAAGGUUGAGAAUCACAUUGUUGGAGCUCCAUGUGGUGUGAUGGACCAGAUGGCAUCAGCAUGUGGUGAAGCCAACAAACUUCUUGCAAUGAUCUGCCAGCCUGCUGAACUGAUUGGACUGGUUAACAUCCCCACUCACAUAAGAUUUUGGGGUAUUGAUUCAGGAAUAAGACAUAGUAUUAGCGGAACAGACUAUGGAUCUGUGAGAAUAGGUGCCUUUAUGGGUCGAAAGAUGAUAAAGUCUAUUGCAUCAUCUUUACCAUUCCAUUCAUUGUCAAUUGAUAAUUCUCAUGAGCAUGUGAACGGGAAAAUUUCUGACAACAUUGAAAAGGAUCAUGGUGAAAUUCUUGAAGCUGAAGCUUCAUUAGAUUACUUAUGCAACCUGUCUCCUUGCAGAUAUGAAUCAGUUUAUGCAAAGAGACUUCCUGAAUCCUUGCUUGGUGAGAAAUUCCUAGAGAAGUAUGUUGAUCAUGAUGAUGAAGUAACAGUAAUCGACCUUAAACGUUGCUAUGGAGUGAGAGCAGCUGCUCAACAUCCUAUCUAUGAAAAUUUUUGCGUCAAGGCAUUUAAAGCACUGCUAACAUCUCAAAGCUCAGAUGAACAACUUUCUGCACUUGGAGAGCUGAUGUAUCGGUGCCAUUACAGCUACAAUGCUUGUGGACUUGGUUCACAUGGAACAGAUAAGCUUGUAAAAUUAGUACAAGAAAUGCAGCACAAUAAAUUGUCUAAAUCUGGAAAAGGUACUUUAUUUGGGGCAAAGAUUACAGGAGGUGGCUCUGGUGGAACAGUUUGUGUCAUAGGAAGGAACUGCCUACGGAGCAGUGAGCAAAUUCUUGAGAUUCAGCAGAGAUACCGAAGUGCCACAGGAUAUUUGCCAUUCCUUUUUGAGGGCUCUUCACCAGGUGCUGGAAGGUUUGGGUAUUUGAAAAUCCGUAGACGCUUCAUCCCAGCUUAAGUUAGUGUGUGAACAUUGGCAGAAAGGUUUGAAAAGGGAACGCUUAUUUUAAACACCAGUUUCUUAUAGCAAGGAGGAUUUCUAUAUGAUUUUCUUCAAAGUGUUCAUAAAUGUUACAGUUGCAAUUAUUAGUGCACGUGGAAUACUUGAGCUCAAACUUGGUUUGUAUUGGAUUGAGAGAAAUGAGAGGAGAAAUUUUACGAAGUUCUGGGACGGGUUAUUCAUUCCAUACUCCCUUCUGUUUUGUAUGUUAAAUUAAGUUGGAAUUGUAGUUCUACCCAAACUCUUUAAUGCAACCCAUCAUUAGUUUACUGAUUUUA